UUUUAAACUUCAGUCAUAAAACAUAUUUCGGCAUUUUAAGACCUAACAAUUUUUUGUUCGUAAAAUAAAGUAAAAUUUUUUCUUUUCAUUAUUCAACAAUUUGUAUAAUCGCAGGUUAGUAGUAAAAAAAAAAAAACAAUAACCAUGUUUCGCAACCUGUUGAUGCUGAGGAACAAGCUGGCGCUCCAGCGUAGCCUGGUCUCCCGUUUGACCUCUCGCUCGCAUUUGUCCACUGGCCAAUUGUACCGUUACGCCACCGGACGCUCUUCGGGCGUCGAUGGCGUGACCUACACUGACAUUAAUGUCAACGAUAUGGCCAAGGGCGAUAUGGAGUUUACACGCAAUUUUCUUAACUCGAUAUCCUCACUUGAUCGCGCCAAUCCUCACGAAGUGGUAGAGUCUGAGUCCGAGGUAAAGGAUGAAACCCCAUCGGUGUCGGAACCAUUGCCGAUCGACAACGAGGCACCGCUUGCUCCCGGUGUUCCCAGUUCCGUUUUAGACAUGGACGGCAAUCCUAUUGUUCCGAUCGAAAUAGAUGGAUGGAAUCAAGACGACGAUGAGGAUCCGAUUGUCCAGAAGAACAACCAAGCAAUAGACAUCGGGAACGAUGAAGAGUACAAGGCGGAGCAGGCUCUGCGUGUGCCGGAAGUUCGUCAGGCCCAGACCGAGUACAAGGGCAUUAAAGUGAAGCUGCCGGAAACUGCUAACCAUGACGUGGGUACCUACCGUUUUCGUCGCGAUGCAGAGGAUUUGCAGGGCCUUGGUGAUGACACACGUCUUGUGAAAUUCGAUAAGAAGUAGUCGGACCGCCUAAACAGCUAGCUGUAACAAUAUCCAAAUUCCGAAAAGGACAUUUAUACGCAUCAACGCACGAUUUUUGUUUACGAUUUUGAUGAAUACAUUUAGUUUUUCUUUUGUUA